AUAAUGUUUAUUACAAUUUUUAAUCACCCAGCCGCUCGGCACCGUUUUGUAGUCUAUACUCUACGGCGCGAACUGGUUAAAUCUUCGCCUCCCGUUCGGUAGGGUGUUUCGUAAUCAGUCCCCAGUUUCAAUCUCUAGGGUUUCCUUCUCGGCCAACUUCGAUAGCCAUGAACCCAAUUCCGUACCAACCGCAGGCGCCCCACCCUCCGUGGCCUCCGGUGGUGCCGCCCAACCCGCCAAUGUCGAGCUCCUUCUGGGAAACCACGAACGUCCGUGAUCGGCUCAAGAACUUGCAGGACACUCUGAGUCUCGCAAAAGCAAUGCAGAAAGAGCUUCAGAUGCUGCAAUUGAUCAAAGACGGUAAAGGGUCCGACGAUGGUGAAGCUUCCGUUGGUGGGUUUUCGGAGUAUUUGAAAGAAAGGAGGGUAAAUGUGGAGUCUCAAGUGACGCUCUCACUGGAAGCUGCGAAUGCUUUGAUGGCGAAACUGCAAGUUGAGCUGGAACCGUUUAGAAUGAUCACGCAUGAAAUGUGUCCGUGGGAGGAGAAGUCUGCGGUGGUGCGGUUAGCAAAUAAGAUGCGCAAGACGAAGAGGAAUAAACGGUGGAGGAAAGCGAAGAGGAAGCGCAUUGCGGAAAUGAUUGCAGAGGAGCGUGAGAGGUUCGAGGAAGCUGAUCGAGAAGCUGAUGAGUGGAGAGCUAGGGAAAUUGCCAAAGAUAUUGCCAAACGCAAGAUGGAGGAUAUGAAGAAAAUUGCAAAGCUUAAAGCAAAAGAAGAGAGAAAGAGACUAGAAUCCGAGCUUGAGACGGUAUUGAUUGUAGAGAAAUUGCAACAGUUGCGUUCCAUCAGGAUCGAAAAAUUGAAGAAACAAGGUCAUUUUCUCCCAGAGGAGGAUGAUAAAUUUCUUGAAAAAGUACGGGCUGCAGUUGAGGAAGAGGAGCAACAAGUUAUCUUGGCAGCUGAUAUGGACGCUGCUAAGGAUGCCAUAGCAACUGUUGAGCAGUCCAGGAAAAUAACCGAGAAUGUCAGACCUGACUCCAAGGAUGAAAGCAGCGAUAGAGACGAGACAAAGGAGAGUAAAGACCAGACAACUCCAAGCACUAAUGCAGGGACCUCUACUUCAGUCACUAACAAGGAUUACGGGAAACAAGUUUCGCAGGGAGAAGGACAUAGCGGAGCUUAUGAUGCUGUGGUAAACUUACCUAUUGAAUUUUAUCACUACUAUCAUGGCAGCAACACCGAUAUGGGCACGCUUAUUGAGGUGAGAAGAACAUGGGAUGCCUAUAUAAGACCAGGAGGAAGCCGCAUACCAGGACAUUGGGUUCAACCCCCGCCACCUGCAGAUGAUAUAUGGGCAUCCUACCUGGUGCAGCCUAAAUGAUUCCACAGGUGAAUCAGCGAGUUGCAGAUUUUGCUGAAUAAGUUCGUUAAACUUGGCUUCAGGUUUUUCUCCUUGUCCAUUUUCUUGAUUAUUUUGUCUUUGCUGUUCACUUGUAAUAUGGGCUGAUAUAAUGGGAAUGGUGAUGCCAUGUGACCAAUAUGCGAAAGUAGUGUUAGGAUCAGUCGCGCUUAUAGGUUGGUCUUAACCUUUAAUUUCUUGUGGAUUCCUGCAAAGCAUCAACGGCCAAUAUCAGCUCCAUGCACAAUCGAUCCUGGCAUUCUUUAUGAAACGAUGAACACAAGUUUCCUCAAAUUUUUUUUUUUUUGUUUAUUUUUUUUUUUUGUUUAUUUUUUUUUUCAAAACAAGUUUCCUCAGUCUGAAUAAGCAAACAAUGUAUUCAAUUCAA